AUGUCUUAUCAGAUUUACACUGGUGUUUGGACUGACUGGAGCCUUGGAAGAGUCAGCGGCGCAACAGUCACGCUAUCUGCCCGCGAUGGCGCUCUCCUUCUUGCUUUCAUCGCAAUAUUCGUCACGAUAAUUUCUACAAGACUUUGGCGUGUUAUCACCUUCAUAUGCCACCAGAUACUCUCAUGCGAUGGCAAACAUGACGGGUUGCACUAUCAGCGGCAGUUCAUCCUCCGGAACAUCCCCGCCCCUGUAGCCGCCACAUGGCUGUUUUUUCAACAGGCAUGGCACUGGCGAGGACACGCCAGACGCCCAAUCCUC